AUGGGUAAACGAGCUAAUGAACGGCAGCUAAUCCGACCAAGUAAGUCAGCUAGUGGGAAGCUAUUAAAGGAGAGAAAGGUUCGGGGCAUACUUCAAGCUAACCUCCUAUCCGCAGGAAGGGUCAACCCGGUCUGGUCUAUUCGACCCAUUGUAAGAGCACGAACUGGGUACUUGAAAACCUAUUCCUGGAGAACUCAUCUUAGGUUGACUCAGGAGCUUAGGGUAGUCUACUGCAGAAGGAAGGAUAGACAGCCAAUCUUGGCUAAGAAAUCACCACCUCUUCUGAAAAGCCGAGGGACCUGGACAGCUUUGUAG